UGCAUCAAAAGAGUUACAAUGAAAGCCAACGUAAUAUCUCUAUUUCAAAUUUUGCUAUUAUUUUUUCAUAUUACUAUCAUCAAAAGUGCAAAUAUUUUGGUGGUAUUUCCAAGUCCAGCUGAAAGCCACUUCCGAGUUUUUGCCUUGUUUUUCGAUCAAUUAGCUUUAAAGGGGCAUGAUGUAGAUGUUUUGAGCCAUUUUCCAAGAAAUACACCUUUACGAGGAUACAAUGAUUUAAGCUUAAAAGGUAGCAUACCAAAAAUCGUAUUCAAUGCAGACCAGUAUACAUAUUUAAUGUGGAAUCAAUUAAAUUUUAUGCAUCACCAUUUAGGUCAUAUCAUGUGCUCAAGAGUAAUGAAUACAACAGCGGCUAAGCAAUUAAAGAAAACAAAGAAGAAAUACGAUUUGAUGAUAACUCAUAUGGUCAAGUCGCAUUGCAUGUAUGGUUUCGCUGAUUUUUUCAAAAUACCAAUAAUUACGAUCACAUCAUCAAGUAUUCUGCCUUGGUUACCGGAUGUUAUUGUGUGGUUUAGUUUUCACAGCACUGUUGCGGCAAAUAACUAUCAUAAGGAAUUUUAUGGGAAAAAAUCGACUGAUUUAGACAAAAUAGUCAAAAAAACAAAUUUAAUGUUGAUUGCAAGUCACUUUUCUUUUCAUCAAUCAAGACCAAGGCCACCAAAUUUCAUCGAAAUUGCUGGAAUUCAUAUAAAAGCGAAUCAAAGUUUAAAUGAGGAGUUCAAAAAGUAUCUUGAAAUAAGCACUAAUUUAAAAGGGGUGAUUUAUUUUAGUUUUGGAUCAUAUUUUAACACUGAAACUUUUCCUGGUCAUAUUUUACAAGCGUUUUUUGAUGUUUUCGAAAAUCUUCCUUAUAAAGUAUUAUGGAAAGGUGACAUAAAAAAAUUCCCAAAAACUUAUAACAUCCCAAAAAAUAUUCACUUUAUACCUCGGAUGCCACAAAUUCCCAUCUUAUGCAGUUCAAAAGUAAAUUUGUUUAUAACACACGGAGGUUUAUCGAGUACACUGGAAACUAUUUACUGUGGAAAACCAGUUUUAACAAUACCGAUUUGGUUGGAUCAAUUAAGUAAUGCUAAUUUGUUAAAAGCUAAAGGUGUAGGCAGAAGCAUUUUAUUUCAUGAAAUUAAUAAAGAAAAUUUUAAAGCAGAACUUGAAGAAGUUUUAGAAAAUCCUAAAUAUUCGAAAAAUGUAAAGAUUUUAUCUGAAAUAUUUCGAGAUCGUCUUCACCGAUGGAAACAGCCAUUUAUUGGACUGAAUACGUCAUCAGACAUAAAAGGGCUAAUCAUUUAAGAUCAAAAUCAGCAGAUUUACCUUGGUACAUUUAUUAUUGUAUCGAUGUAAUUGUAAUCCCACUGUUACUUUUGAUUUUAUCGCUAUAUUU